AUGGAUUACUCUGCCCUGAUGAAUGCCAAUAAGAGUAACUUUUUCCACAACAACAUCUGCCCUUCUCAUCUUGAAUCGAUUGAGGACAAAAUAAAGGAGGAUCCAAUUACAUAAAAAAUGUAACUACAACGAAAAUAAAGAAAGAAACUUUCUUAAGAUCCACCCUUUUCUCAACUAGAGAGCUCUCUAAUAAUCCAGAAUAAUUAUCCUAAGCAAAAAAAAUAUAAUCGUAACCAAGAAAAUAUUGCUGGAGGCACCAAAGAACAAGUCAAUGCUACUAAUCAAAUGCCAUCUUUGGGGAAUUUCACUUUUUAUGAUACUCUGCAGUAUUCCCAAUAAAACUCAUACCAGUAAUCCCCAAGAAAAGUUAGAAUAAAGGAAUCAACUCUACGUGAGCAUGUAAAUAAUAAUGAAGUCUAUGAAUAAAUAAGAUAAAACUUCCUUGAAUCCCAAAGAGAUACAAAAAAUAAAAGAAUUACACAGUUGGCAUUACAAUAGUAACCAGCUAAAAGGCUUAAAGUUUAAUGCGCUCAGAUCAAAAAUUAGUUGCAAUGCUAAUCUACAUCCCAAGAGGUCGAGUUGAAGCAAUUGGGUUAGGAUAGUGCAAUAAUGCAUCGUAAGUUGGCAUAGUAAAGAAUAAAAAGCUAGAAAAUGCACUCUAUGUUCGAUGAGACUGUGACUGUAGCAAAGUUUAUUAAUAAAUUUAAAAUCUAUGAUUCUAAGACAAGAAUGUAGAAUGUUCAUUCAUAAAAGUAGAGUCCGAAUAGAUCAGUAAUGAAUAAUGACUUUUAUUUGAAGAAAGGUCCUCUCUUGGUUUAAGACAGUAAUAGACCGCGUAACCUUGAUCUAAAUUUUGACAUUAAGACAGAUGAUGAUCUUAUAUAUUAAUUUGACACCUAUCAAUCUCCAGAGUAUCAAGCUCUCUAACAAUCAUAUUUUCCCAGCAUUGAACUUUAAAUAUCCAUUGAUGAGUAAUAAGAACAACAUGAUGAUAAGAAGAAAUUAAUCACUGAUUUCAAAAAUGUUUAAAAAAAGAAUAGCAAUAGUAGUAUUUUACCAGAAUUACCUUAAAUUUCAUCAACAUCAAAGAAACUGUCUCUCAAAAACUUACUAUUAGAUGCAAAUUUGGAAUUCAAAACAUCAAAUGACUCGAAGUAAUAGAUGUCAAAACCCAUUUUAAAGUACAUAAAGCUUGAUAUGAGAAAUCAGCCACCACCAUUGGAAAAAUCACUAGAUAUUUGCACUCCAAUUUCUCACAAUAGACUUGAGCAUAUGAAGAAAAAAGAUAAGAGCUAAGAAGAUUUAAGAAUUUCAGUGUAGAUAAACAAUAGCUAAGAUGAUCCGAACAGCAGGGGCGGUGAUUGUUUUUCAAAUUAGAUACUAAGAGAAAAGAUCAAACCAUAAAACAAUCUUUCUUGCUCUACAGCUGCUAUUGGAUUGAAACUAGAGUAGAGGAAGCUAAAUAUCAACAAGUACAGCAGAAAAUAGUAGAGUUAGAAUAAUAUCAUGAUAAAGAGAAGAAGGAUAUCAAUGCAGGACUAGGUAGAGCAUAUCAAUAUGCAAGUACAGUAGGAGAACAUUGAAGAUUAAAUAAAGUAUCUUGACGAGGAAGCAGAACUUCAUGUUCUUUCUAAGAAUUUUAUCAUAAAAGAUUAAGGAACUUAAAACUUAAGUAGAUAUUGA